AUGGGCUGCUCACACCAUAUUCAUAGUGUACCCCUGGUGCUGGUGGGCCUGAUGGAGCACUCCAAUGCUAUCUCUGAUCCAAAGAUGAAAGAUUUGAACGAGAUGCUGCUUUGCUCCUUGCGUAGAGGCUACUACAACCAGGCCUCAUUCCCUUACUGGGACUGGUGGGGACAUGGGAGUAGCAAAGAGCUUGCCAAGUUGGACCAGCUGCUAUCAAGGACACUAUCUGGGCAAGAAAUUGUCAAGGACAUGGCAGGAGGAGCAUUGCCCACAAAGGGUUCUGAAGCACAAGGAAACCUUUCUAAACCACUGAUGUUAGGAGAAAAAUAA